CAACCGAGUCGCGCUCCGCGCUGGUCAGUUCUUCCAGGCCGUAGAGCUGGCGGCCCAGGAGGAAUCGCCGAGUCUAGAAAAUCUCAGCAACACGCCUCUGUCAACUGCAGAGGUGUAUAAGAUAAACUUUAUAUUUCCAAAUGGAGACAAAUAUGAUGGUGACUGUACAAGAACAUCUUCUGGAAUCUUUGAGAGAAAUGGAAUAGGCGUUCAUACCACUCCGAAUGGGAUUGUCUACACAGGAAGCUGGAAAGAUGACAAGAUGAAUGGUUUUGGAAGACUUGAGCAUUUUUCAGGAGCAGUAUAUGAAGGACACUUCAAGGACAAUAUGUUUCAUGGAUUGGGAACUUACACAUUCCCAACUGGGGCAAAGUAUACUGGAAACUUCAAUGAAAAUAGGGUGGAAGGUGAAGGACAAUACACCGAUGUCCAAGGACUGGAAUGGUGUGGUAACUUCCACUUCACUGCUGCUCCAGGCCUGAGACUAAAGCUCCACAUGUAGGAUAUCCUGCCGCAAAGUUUAAAUGUGGUAACAGAAGCUUUUAGUUGUAAAGAAAACACUGAAAUCUGUCAACUGAUACAACUUCAUAUACUACUGCUAGAUCAUAACUUUGCCAAUAAAACCAUCACUUACACCUUUUUGAACUUGA